ACAGUUUUCACUCAUUAUUGCACAUUAUAAUAUCUGCGGGCUGCAGUUGGUCCUCCGGUAUCCCACAAUGCGUCACUUUCAGCGCUGGUAAAUCGCGCAUGCGCCGUUGUUCGGCCUCUUUUGGAUCCGCACCUCUUCUGCUAAAAUGGCCAAGCGCACCAAGAAGGUGGGAAUUGUGGGGAAGUACGGCACCCGUUACGGUGCGUCCCUCAGGAAGAUGGUGAAGAAGAUUGAGAUCAGCCAACAUGCCAAAUACACCUGCUCCUUCUGCGGCAAGACUAAGAUGAAGAGGAGGGCUGUUGGUAUCUGGCAUUGUGGGUCCUGCAUGAAAACUGUCGCUGGAGGCGCGUGGACAUACAACACAACGUCAGCCGUCACAGUGAAGUCCGCCAUCAAGAGGCUGAAGGAGCUCAAGGACCAGUAGACUGGACUGUGGUUUUGUACAGAUCUUCAUUUCGUCUCGGACUGUAUUUUUCUGUGUGGCUCGUUGGAACAUCCCACAAUAAACCUGAGUCUGAGCGGGA